AUCAUCACAGAGUCGUCACGUCACGGAUCCGCAGCGACCGACAGAGAUGCUGAGGUGACAGGCAGAAGGAGAAAAGGCACGACCGCACUCAGACAUAUCCACCGCCCCAUCCGCUUGUUCAUUUCUAACCGACGACGCGACAGCCUUCGCCUUUUCACAUGGACCGUUCGCUCGCUAUGGGAUUGCGCUCGAUGUCGUCCCCGCCGCCUCCAAACGUAGAGGAUUUUUUGUAACCACACCCGGCUCUUCAUUGGAUCAAGGACUGGCAGCAAAGACCCGAGGUUCUCCGUCAAGACCCAAAUGCCCGGCCCGGUCUGAGGCUGCCGGUCGAGGGGGGGAAGCAGUGAGGACAGCGUCCCUGGUCCACAGACGGGAUGAGCGGCGGAGUGGAGCAAGCUGACAUCCUAAGCGUGCUCUCCCUGGUCAAGGAACGAUGGAAAGUGGUGAAGAAGAUCGGUGGCGGCGGGUUCGGGGAGAUCUACGAGGCGGUGGACCUGAUGACGCGGAUCAACGUGGCGCUGAAGGUGGAGUCGGCCCAGCAGCCCAAACAGGUGCUGAAGAUGGAGGUCGCCGUCCUCAAGAAGCUCCAGGGUAAAGACCAUGUGUGUCGCUUUGUGGGAUGCGGCCGCAACGACCGCUUUAACUACGUGGUGAUGGAGCUGCAGGGUCGCAACCUGGCUGACCUGAGGAGGAGCAUGACCCGGGGAACCUUCAGCAUCAGCACCACCCUGCGUCUGGGGCGCCAGAUCCUGGAGGCCAUUGAGAGCAUUCAUUCUGUCGGCUUCCUGCAUCGUGACAUCAAACCGUCCAAUUUCGCAAUGGGCCGCUUCCCGAGUACCUGCCGAACAUGCUACAUGCUGGACUUUGGUUUGGCUCGCCAGUUCACCAACUCUUGCCAGGAGGUCCGACCUCCCCGUCCCGUGGCAGGGUUCAGGGGAACAGUCCGCUAUGCAUCUGUCAACGCACACAAGAAUAAGGAGAUGGGGCGGCAUGAUGACCUCUGGUCUCUCUUCUACAUGCUGGUGGAGUUUCUGGUUGGCCAGUUGCCGUGGAGGAAGAUCAAGGACAAAGAACACGUGGGCAAGUUGAAGGAGACUUACGACCAUCGCCUGAUGCUCAAACACCUGCCGGCAGAGUUCGGCGUGUUCUUGGAACACAUUUCCGACCUUGACUACUUCACGAAGCCUGACUACCAGCUGCUGAUGUCGGUGUUUGACAACAGCAUGAAAACCUACAACGUUGUGGAGAAUGAUCCCUACGACUGGGAGCGGACCAGCGCAGACGGCACUUUGACGAUUAACUCCACUGCCACAACACCGCAACAUCACACCCGCCUCACUCCGGCACACAUGGGUAUGGCGAAUGCCUCCCUGAUCCCUGGCGACCUGUUGAGGGAAAACACAGAUGAGGUUCUGCAGGACGAGCAGCUCAGCGACGUGGAGAACAACCCCGUUCCUGAGCGCCUGCCGGGUUCUCCCCUCCACCUACACCGCAACCAGGAGACUGACGUCUGGGAGGAGCUGGACCGUAAUCGUAACCGCAUCAGAACGGCAGUGAGGAAGGCGGCAACGGAGGAGGAACACAGCAACAACCUGGGUAACCAGGGACACCAGAGCCCCUAUGCUGGACCAAGCCUGGGCUCUCCUGUCAAACUGCACUCUGAGGUUGUGGCUUCAGACCGUGAUGGUCCUCUGCUGAGGAAGCUCCGCAACAUUCACAGUUUUGAGCUGGAGAGGAGGCUCGGUCUGGAGCCCAAGCCCAGUGCAGAGCGCUUGUUGGAGCCCGGCUUGGCGAAGCAGCAGCUUGGCACCCAGCAGCAAGAGACGGAGGCUGAUGGAGCUGCAAUCAUUCCAGUAACUCAGGGUCAAGCUGUACCUGCCAGGGAGCAUCCUGAUAGGGUCUGGCACUAUGAUGAGGAGAUCCGGCCGAGUGGCAGUUCUCCUAAACCAGCAUCCUCUGGAUCUCAGGAGCAAGGAGAGGGGGCAGUCAGCAGUGGGGGCUUUGUGGCCCUCAAUCUGAGCUCUGGGAGGCAGGACAUUGACUCAAAAGAGUGGGUAAUGGUGGAGCGGCCCAGUGGCUCUCCUGGAGCCAAGGCUACCACCAGCCCUUCAGAGGAUGACGAGGAGCCAGAGGUGCUCCAGCCGGUGGAACAGUAUCCGGGAUGGGAAAAGGGCAGCCUGAGCCCUAGUUCUGGUAAAACUAAACAAGAAAGCGUGGUUUCUUCCAAGGGAAGUGUAAAAGUGGACAAGUUGGAGCUCAGUGUGGGCCCUGCAGGGGCUCUGCCUCCCGUCACUCCAACCAGCCCAGCUGAAGCUCUGGCUGAAGGAGUUCUCACUCAGCUCCCCACCUCUCCUCCAUCCCUGCCUGAGGAAGUCGCGGUCCGGACAUCCAGCCCCAUCCCUCUGCGCUCUCCCAGCCCUCACACUCUCCUGACCACCUUUUCGGACCCGCUUCACCAGCGCCAGCCGCCGGGCAUGAGGCGCAGCCAGUCUGCCGACCAGCAGCAGCAGCGGCAGGAGCGCCCCUCCUCUUCCUCCUCCUGCCACGCCUCCCUACCACUGCCACUAAACCCCGCCCCUGGCACCCGUUCACCCAGUCGUAGGAAACUGCCGGCCAUCCCGGCGGGUGCUGCCAACACCAAGUUUCCCUCUGUCAUACGCAUCACCCGUGCCCAGCUUCAGCAGUUGACAGCUCAGCGUCCCUCUGGGCUGUCCUCCCAGUCAGGAUCAGACAGUGCCCCGCAGUGCCUCCUGCUGGAGAGGCGUGGUGAAGCUGAAGCUGAGGCUCAGCAAGUCCAGGAGCACACAGUGGACAUCAGCUCCCCACAGGACCAUGUACCCAUCCAUCCAGGGACACCCACGGAGCCCCUGGUUGAGACAUUGGUCAAUGGAAACAGCCACACCAAAGCUCAAAGCCCUGUGCCAAGUCGUGCGUCUUCCCCGCGCUCUCCAUGCUCACCUCCUCUGCGCUCGCCUUCCUCUCCUCGUUCCCCUCGCAGUUCUGUGUUUGUCAAUGGCCACCUUUCCCCUCCUGCUAAUGGCCAAAGGGAUUUCAAUAAUGGAAAAUUUCCCAAGCUGAAAGACCCUGAGAAUGAUUGUGGCCUCAAUCCCAGCGCCAAAGAACCUCAGCUAAUCAGGGAGGAUAGCAGAGACGUGAACCAGGUCCCAGAUCAUACCAGUGGCCCAGUUUCCUCCUCUACCCCUGCUGCAUCCCGUAAGGACCCCAGCCGGAGGCAAAGUCGCAUCCCAGUCCUGGAGCCCUCCAGCCUGCUGGAGCUCCCUCCUCCAGGGUCUGCUAAGGAGAAACUCCUGCAGAAGAAAGCUAGCCACCAGGGCCCGGUCCCCUCUCCCACUGCCUCACCAUCCCUCUCUGACAGACGGGGCCCCAUCGUGGCCUCCCUUGCUAAGGACCCGCUGUCCUCCACUUCUGACCGCUCCCAGGAUGAGGACUCCCUUAUGGGCUCCCGCUCUGACCGCCAGGGAGACGAUGCUCCUUCCCUCUCCUCCUCCUCCAGCCCUUUGUCCCGUAAGAGCAGGAUCCCACGUCCCGUUCAUUCAGCUUCUUCCGCUGAGCAGCUGGCUGCCCAAUUCCUGCCGCGGCCGCCACCUGGAAAACCGCCUUGCCGCCCUACGGUGGAGGGCAGGCUUAGGCGGUACCGCAUUCGGGCGGGCAGCACCAGUGACUCAGACCUCCUGACAUGCCUUGCUCAGCUGAUGCAUGGCUCCAGAGGCUCCCCGCUUCACCACCGCUCCUCAGCCCAGCACGAGGCCUCCAGGAUGGGCAUCUGCAGCCUAACGAGCUCGCCGCACCACCACCGCAGCUCAAGCGUAUCCCCGCGCAGCUCCUCAUCCCUGCAGCGCUCCGUCAGCUCCUCGCCCUCUCGCCACGAACACCGUGGUGGCGGGGGAGGGGGGUGCCUGGGCCGCAGCCACUCACCUCCCAGCUUCUCUGGCUCGCCACCCAUUCGCCGCUUCUACCCUCACCACCCGGAGACAUGCUGCAGCCGCCAGGCCCGCACGGGCCCAUUCCACCUGUCCCGGGGAAAAGGCUGUAGCCGGGAGGGCAAGUGUGCCAGCAAGCUCAGCAGAUAGUUGCCCACCAGGUUGUGUGGCCACAGCAGAGGAUGGGAAGACUCAAAUCAUGAUAGGCUAGACCUCAAUCAGGAAAAAACAAAAAACAGAGUCUUCCUGCAUAAUUUGAAACAAAAAAACUUGUUUCCCUUCUCUCGCUGUCAUCCUGCAUCUUACGCUUGUCUUGUCGUCUCGCACUGUUCUCUUCUGUCCUUGUAUUUGCACACUGCAUUUGUAAUUCAUUUAGGUCCCCAGCGUUAAAGGGGUACUCCAGCGAUUUACUACUGAACUUCUGUAAAGUUCUUGGACUUGUGAAAGACAGAUUUGAAAAAAAAAAAAAAAAUAAAUUCCUACGUUUCCCAUAAUCCCAACUCUACAGCGCCUCUCAUCCGGCUGAAUAAUACUCCUCAUGAUGAGUAAGCUGAACUUCAUGUGUGAAAUCAGUGGAGUACCCCAGAGGCGAUACUGACAUGUCAGGGUGCUUGUUUUCUUUGUAGCACCAUGUUAUAAGAUAAAUAACAACUCAUAGCUAAUAACAACUGCGAAAACAAACAGUGAUUUCCCAGUGCAGGCAUUACUAUCAUGCGUAAUCCAAUAGUUAGUUGGGCUAGUGGGCACAUAAAUAAAUUGUAUUUCCUGAUUAUUCAUUUUCAUCUAUCCUGCAUCACAAUAUAACAUAUCUUAUUCAUCCCUAGUAUUAAUGCACUUGGAUUAUACUGAUGGGAUAUCAGUAUAGCUGAUCGCAACUUGACUGAAAGUUGACUUGGGGUUGAGUCAGUUGUCUCAAGCAGGGUAUGAUAUUUAUUUUAUGGUCUAUGUGAGUGCGUAAAGGCUGAAUUUGUGUACAGUUGUAUUUAUCGGAGAUAUUUAUUUUGAUGCUUAGCGACGCUUUCGACGCCCGCCCUCUCCUUCGUGACAGUGGAUGUAUGGUUUUGUGUCACUCGCGUUAGUUUUGAACGUUUAAAGGGAGGGAUCGAUCCAGAGUGUGAUCCCUUUUAUACAAUCAAUCAUGUGAAGUGCAUGAGGACACACCUUUUUGUGCCUACUGUGUUGCCAAGAGGAAAUCAAACUGUCACACCGGAUGAAGGGAGUUAGAAAUGUGAAACUCCUUACUUUAGUAGCAGUAGUGAAAAGGUUAAACAACACGAAGUACAGUAUUGAUGAGAAAUAUUCAGACACUAGAUGUUUGUCUCAACGUGUGCCUUGGCACUUUGGGCAGCUCAAGGAUUCACUUUGGUUCGUUUAUUUAAAAACAAAAGGGGGGCCCAAAGCAGACUUGUGCCAGCAGUUAUAAGACGACCCUUUUCGCCAGUAUUCUUUUAUGUACAGAAGGUAGCAACACAACUGUUUGUAAAUCAAACAUAAUUUGAAUAACAGUUUACCUGAGGAAGAGUAGCUAUUAUUUAUAUUGACAAAAAAAGGAAACCUGUCAUGUACAGUGUCCAGUGUUGGUGAUUUAAAUAAAAAAAAAGAAGUGGAUUUCAGACCUUAAACAAGGUUUUGUCAAAUGUUAUUCAAAAUGGAGGCCAUAUGUACAUACACUUCUCACACCAAAACGAUGCUCCAUGCUUCCACGUGCAGGAAUGUUUUUGUUUUGUCCCUCCCUCACCGGACAAUGUCUUCUUCUUUUUAAAAAAUAUAACGACACACAGUAUGUUUGUGCACAAGGCGAAGGAAUCGGAGUGUUGCUUGUGUUUAAUUUAGUUAGGAUUCCCCACUGAAUCUCUCCUCCACAUCCUCCUCCCACUCCGCUGCUGCUUGUAAGAUACUGCAAAACCUCUUGCUUUCUCCCAGUGCUACUCUUUGCAUGCUCAACAGACAAAAAAGACAGAAUUUUUUUAAAAAAACUGAAUCAACUACUGAGUAAAAAGCUGCGUAUUACUUAUUUUGUGAAGAUCUAAACCCGGCGGUGACUCCAUUACCCGCUGGGAGGGCAACUUUAUUUUCCGUAAGGCUUGUUUUCUGCACUUCCUGCACUUGCUGAUUGCCUUUGCUGGAAUAUGAUAAGACUUUAAACUUGCUGAAAUUAAAAGGAGAAUAGACUUAAGCUGUGUUUUUAAGCACCUGGAAACAACACGUGAGUUGAGAGAUUGUCAGUCAUAGCGGGCUUUAAGAUAUGACUGCAUACAUGAACUUUUAAAAAAAAAAAAAAAAGCCAAAUAUUUUGAUAAAUUUUGCAGAUGUGGUUCGUGUAUGUUAGUGUAUUAACCGCGGGGACUGGAUGGACGCAUUGCUUUGUAGAUAUCAAAAUGCGGAUAUCUACGCUACACCCUCACAGAGCAGCUACGAUGACUCAUCCUGAAGGCAGACAGCGUUCAGUCAGUCAGUCGCCUUAAUGUUCUCUUCUCUGCCCCUCUGUGCGUAGCGAGGGAUGACUGAGCCUUGUCUGUGUUGGAGAUCAUUCCACUGUAAGGCCAAGCCGAGCCUUCCUGUCACUUGUCUCUCCCAUUGUCUGUGAAUGGCACGUGACUGUCAAGCGUAUAUGGUCGACACGUGGAAUCGGCGGCGUCGGACUCUUGCUGCUUACAAAGCUGCUGUGAGAACGCGUGUUCGGCGUGGUGCGGUGUUCACGGUGUGUUCGUUCAGUGGGAUAUCUGUGUGCUCUCCGGCAGGGGCGUGCAAUUUCUACGCCAGCAGUCAGUCUUUGAAUUCUCCCUCUUUCAACUCUCUUAUUUUCGGCGCACAGAUUUCAAGAUAUUUCAAGCUUUCGAAGUUCAGAACGCUGUUGUGCGGACUUUUAAUAUAUACCUGUAAAAUAUUCAAAGUAAUUAUUUAAAUAAUAUAAUAAUUAUUGCGAAACCAUAACUCGUAUGCUAACAGGCUUCAGUGACAUGGAGGAACCGACACUAAACAGUGCUGCUGGUUUUAAAAGAUAAUCAGAUUUCUUCUCAUGUUUUUUUUUAGUUAUUAUUAUUGCACAUAGGUUGUGUGAAGUUGUAGUACUAGUGAUACCCUCCAGAUGAGAGUUUUUGUUUUUACUUUUUAAAGUGGCCUGCUCAUAGAAAUGUGUCAUACUUAGAGUAGCUUGCCGGUAUUUGUGGUUACAGAUGCCCACAGGCUAACAGAACAAACCCAGCUGUUUUAUUUUAUUUUCAAAGGUGAGAUGGAAACUAAUAAAAGCUUUGGUGGGCACUGGUACACUUCUCAUAUCAUGACUCUGGAUUACUUGUCAAUAACUUAAAGAUACUUGACAGAAAUUAUUUAUUGUGACAUUUGCUAAUUUGCUCAUCUAUCAUGUUGACUUCAAUUGUUGGAAUUUUUUAAUGGUCGAUAUUUUUGUGUUGUAACGUAUGCCAUGGUUUUGAAAUGUAACUGUACAGUCUCAAGGAAAGAAUGUAACAAGUUGGAGUUUUGCAUUGUAUAUAACUGUAAUUAUUUAUGUUUAUUCUAUCAUUUGUAUCAUACCAAUGCCUUGUACAGUGUUUUUUUUCUUUUUUGUUUUAAAAUUAUUUUGUAUUUUAUUUUUAUAAACUGGUUAUGAAUAAAAUACUCAUUCCGCAUGCAGACAAAAUCCUGUGAAAGUUUUCUGUUUUUUUUUUUUUCCUAAACAUCAAAUGUUGCUAGAUGAAGGCACAGUUUUCAGUAGGUUUUUAUUCAUUCUCUGGACUGUCAGCUGUUGGUAUUUAACCCUUUUUCAUGCAGAAAAUGAAUUUGUAAGAAUCGAAUUUCACAGACUAAGCAAAAGAGAAGAAACAGAAAAGGUACAAACAAAAUGGUAAAUAACUGCAUAAACU